UGUCAGUGCACGUAGUUUAGUGCGGUUUUAAAAUAAUAUGGCCGUAAUGGAAGGCUCCCUGAGUAAAUGGACUAAUGUUAUGAAAGGAUGGCAAUACAGAUGGUUCGUUUUAGACGAUAAUUCUGGACUACUCUCCUAUUACACAUCAAAAGAGAAAAUGAUGCGAGGGGUACGGAGGGGCUGCGUCCGUCUAAAGGGGGCCGUCAUCGGGAUAGACGACGAGGACGACAGCACGUUCACGGUGACGGUCGACCACAAGACCUUCCACUUCCAAGCUAGAGACGCAGAAGAGAGGCAGAAGUGGGUGCACGCCCUCGAGGAGACCAUUAUUAGGCACGGCAGCAGGACGAGAUGGGAUUCCCAUCAUCCUUCCCCCACAAUCAAGGAUUUUGAUAAUAAAGUGUCCGAGGCGGAUGCAUACCUUCAACUCAUGAUAGAGCAAACUAAGAAAUUAGAAGAAAGAAUCACAACAAUGACGGACCAGGACGAAAAGGCUAAAUGUCAGCUUAUUCUAGAGCAUGCAAAUGUGAUGUUGGAUAAUAUUAAACACUCAAUAGUUCUUCUGCAAAUAGCAAAGAACACGGCACACCCAGUAAAUGGUAUUUACCAUCAGAGGCCGGGGCCCUCCAACAAUGUGUCCUCGCAAGAGAUCGUAUCGGCGCCAGGGGAGGCAGUCGUCCAACAGGGUAUCGAAUUAGGCUCCGAAUGCCUGGAAAAUGCCCGCAGGCUCAGCAGGACAAUCGGUACGGCGACAUCGCUAGCCGUUCCGGACAUGUCAUAUUCUAGUUCCGAGGGCGAGGACGACUUCUUCGACGCAAACGACUCCCCCUUCACCCCUGGAAGUGUUGUGACGACACCUACGUGA